AUGCCCCAGGGGCAGCUUUACGACGGCCCAGGACAGGGUCAUGGUCAGGGACAGCAGCAACAGCAACAGCAGCAGCAACAGCAGCAGCAACACCCGCGGCAUCCAUCCAACGGCCACGCCCAGUACCAGAAUGCCCAGUACAUACACCCCGCAUACCCUCAGCAGCCGGCGCCUUUUUACACUACCGCCGCCCCUAAUUUUUCAAGCUACAAUGGCGCAUUCGAACCUGUUCCCGCUCCACCGCCCCCUCCGCCGUCAGCUGAGCCACCCGUCCAGUUUGUAAACCCUUCCCUUCUACAGCAAGCAGCGCCCUCGAGGCCUGUCACCCAUGUAUUGUCUGCUUCCCCAACGAGUAAUACGAUGAGUCCGCCGAUAUCUCGAAUCUCUCAAUUCCCACAGCAGACCUCGUCGGCCCAGAACAGUCCUAGGCUGGGCGAGCCGCGACUGUCUUCGCAAGGGGCAUCGAUCAAAACACCCAAAGAUGCGCGCCGGCCCACAUCUCGAGGUUCGGUCGCAAAAUCACCGAUGCUGUCAAAUACAUCUUCCCACUUUGAGACACUGCCGCUCCUGCUCUGUAUCGCCGAAGACUGUUUCGUCAGAGCCAACACAGCAGCGCAGAAUGUUGCAAAGUCCAUGUUGUCCGACGAGGUCAUGGAGCACCACAAAUUGGUGGCAACCGGGCUUGGCUGCCUCGAGAUUGCCAUGACGUCGAAAAAGCUGACGCCUCGGCUCGAGGCAAGACUGUGCCUGCGCUACGCUAGCAUCCUGAUGGAGGAGACUACUAACAUCAUGGAAGCUGAGACGGCUCUGACGAGGGGUAUUGCAAUGUGCGAGAAGCACCGGUACAUCGACCUCAAGUACAGCUCGCAGUUUCUCCUCAUGAAGACCCUCUUCCAGCGGACCCAGAAGGCAGCCUUCAAGUCCAUCGACGGUCACAUAGCUGAUUGCACGACCUACAAGCAUAUUCACUGGAUCUACGCCUUUCGUUUCCUCAAGGCCGCCUUGCAUCUUGAGUCGGGCACCGCGGCUGACCACGGUGCAAUCGAAAACCUGCGCAAGAUCGCGUCCAUUGCGGAGGAGCGCAGAGACCUUAGCAUUUAUGUCAUGGCCAUGCUGCUUGAAGGCCUAGCCCACCUUGGUGCUAUGAAGGAGGACUGGCAUGAUCGUGUGCAGGAAUGUAUCGCUCAGGCAUCGAAGCUGCAGCUCGACGAUUCUGUUCACCUCCCUCCGAUUGACGUACUGUUAAUGCUCCUUGACCUGGCUUGCAGCCUGCAUCAGAAGUCUACACAGGUUGCGGCCCAGAAACUGAGUGUUAUACAGACCAAGCUGGACGAAUUGAGACAUUCUCCCGCCUGGGGCGUCCUCUCCAGCGAGGUAUUGUUGCCAAUUAGGCGCCUUCCCAGUUCAUCACAAACAAUAAGUAACGACACACGAGCCGUCCUCCGUCCUGGCGAUGGUGAUGUUGACUAUCUUGUUCUGUCAACUCUCGGCAAACAAGAAGCCUAUGCGCUGGCAUAUGCAUUCAACGGGAUCGUGGUUCUGUACAAUUCUAUAACACUCGGGAAAAGCUCUAUGAUCUGGGGCGAAACAAUAAGGCUGCUAGAAGACACCAAACCGCCGCAAUUACCGCAGUCUCUUCCAGAUGCCCUCAAGCAAAUUAGCUGGGCGAGGGGGCUUGCUUGUUAUGCGCAUGUUCUGGUCGGUAUGCAGGCUGCCACCUUUUGCGACUGGGCAAAAGUGAAGAAGUGUCUCGAGUCGGCCAGAGAGUGCCAACCACCAGGGGGGCAUCAAGAAACAAUGACUCUUUACUUGUCAGGUGUCUUCUUUCAAGGCAUUGCGAAGCUCGACGAAGCUCUUGAAAUAUGGAAGGACGAGCGAUUUCAGAUCGACCACAAGGGAGCGCCCAGAAACACGCGAGACCAUAUCGAUUCGGAGCUAUCGAUACUGGCGGCACUGAACCGGCUGUGGAUUCUGCAGAAACCAGGGUACAGAGACGACGCAGAAGCUGCAGAAGUCGUUGAACGGCUGCGACCUCUCUGCGAAGGCAACCCCGACUCGGAGCUCAGGACGGCUUUUAACCUCAUUCUCGCGACGGUCAUGCUGGAGUCGCCCCUGUCGAUCAACCAGGUCAAACGGCAUAUCCAACACUCGGUAGCCGAUACCAAAUUCACGAUGAACAGGCAGUGUCUGUCCAUUGCCCUCAACAUCAUGAGGUAUCGGUUUUUUGAGAACGUGGUGGCAGUCCAAGCGCUCAAGAGCGCAAAGGCGGCCUCGGCCAUGGCCAAAAAGAGCGGCAACGUGCUGUGGAUGAGCGUGGCAGAGGGGAUGCUGGCGCAGUCCCAGGAAAUACAAGGCGCAAUGGACGACGCUCGGGCGGCCCGAGAGUCGGGCGUGAAGCUAGCGAACGAGGCUCUCGCCAAGAGGCAUAUUUGA